ACCUUUCCAGCCCUUCGCCCCACCGCGCCCCUCGCCACUUGCCCCACCCCUCGCCCAGCCAGCCCCCGGUUUCUCGAGAUCAGCCUCUCCCCUCCCUUGCUGGUAUGCCACAGACUCUGUCCCCGACGGCCAUGCUCCCUGGCCCCUUUGUGUACCAUCACUCCCCGGGCAUGGGAGGCGGUAUCUAUUCGCACAUGGACGCGCGUGCCGAGGCUGGUGACUAUGCCACUGGGCUGCCUCCUACACACCAUCUCGGCUCGGGCGGUGACUCCCUGCGCGCCGGGAUCCGUCCAUCCGGGGGGCCCAUGCAUCCGACGCCCUUUGGCGCGCGCCCGGAGUCCAGCUUGCGUGUGGUCAAGCCUCGCCAUCGGCUGGAGCUCACCUCGCCGACUCGGGUGACUGGCCUCAGCCUGGCGGCUCUCCAGGCCAGCGCCCCGACCACCCUCCGGCCUGAUGCCACCCCCCUGCCGAAGACCGAGCCGGUGUUCCCCCAGCCUCAGGCCGAUCCGCUGGCGGGACUGGACACUGCCGGUGCCCGAGGGAACCCCCCCGUAUCGGCUGUUUCCCUGGAUCCGGCCAAGCCCUCCACCAUUCCGCUGAGCUUUCGCCACUUAUGGCGCACUGUCAACCGGGCCUUCCCUCCCAGCCUGGUUGUCAGCCGCACCGCGGCCGGCGGUGGCCGGCGCGAUGCCAGCCCCGACGAUGAGGACGAUGAUGUUCCCCUCUCCAAGCAGGAGGCCACCUGCGGUCGACUGGCCAUCCUCUCCUCCGGGCAUCUGGAUCCCAUGAAGCGGGCCCUUGGGGACAUCCUCCAGCACUAUCGAGUUGACAGCGCUUCGCGGCACCCGCUGAACCAAUCUUUCUCGUGCAUUGCCAGUAACCUUCCCCUGGGGACGGCCCGCUCACGUGUCGAGACCCAGAGCCACAUCAAGAUGGUCAUGAUCGAUCAGCUUGACACUUGUCCAUGGACGCACAUUGCCAUUCCCCAGGAGUUGAUCCAGCUUGAUCGAAAUGUCCGCCCUGUCAAGAAGUCCCCCAAUUUGGAUCCCUCCAAGGUCCUCUCCGUGGAGAUUCUGGUCGCCUGCGCCAGUGACUUCUCCAAGGGCCCGGUGUCCAUGUGCAACGAUUGUGUUUCGCGCGAGCACCGCCGCAUGGUCAAGCGCCUGGACAGCCGGAUCAAACGCCUCCAACAGCAGGCCGGCGGCUCUUUCGACAAGCUUGUUGCCCUGCCCGGAUUUGCGCAUCUCCGUGGCCAGCAGCUGGAACCGCUCCUCCGGGACAUGAGCGGCCCGGUGACGGCCGACGCCCUGCGUGCGCUCCCUGGCGCGAGUGCUUCCACCUCCGAGACUCCGGUCGCCCGGCCAGCCUCCGUCGAGGUGUUCAUCAAUUCCCUCGAGUCCUAUCGUCAGGCAUUGGUGAACUUGGACGAGGCCACUCAUCAGGGCCCGCAGUCGGAUGAUCACCUGCGAAUCAUUGUGUUCAACUCUUCGCAGCACAUUCCCCUGACCGAUGGCAUGGCCAAGUUUCGCGUUCGCAUCACUUGUUACUCGCGUCACCAUCAGGAGUUGACUGGUUAUUGCUUGGUCUUCAUUUUCCGUGAUCAUCAGGGUCGCUUUGUCACGGCGACCGUGGCUCCUCCGAUCAUGGUCACCGAUGACCACAAAAGUGCCAAGGUCAACCGGCGCGCCGGCGGUGCCGGGGCUGGCUCCGGACGCGAUCGGGCAGGCUCUUCGGCCCCCCCCUCGCCAGAUCGGCUUCUCCCGGCCGCCGGCACUUUGUCGGUGGCACCCAGUGCUGGCCGCCAUGAGCUCGAGGCCACUGGUGGUUCGCCCUCUUCGCCCUCUUCGCCGAUUGUCUCGGACCCGAGUCUGCCUGAUGAUGUGACUCCUGCUGGCAGUGGCGCGAGCAGCCCCCAGCUGUCGGAUCACUUCCCGAUGGCGGGCAGCAGCCGCCUGGCCAGCGCAUCGCAUUCGCUGGAGCCUCUCCCACAGGUCACCGGCUCCCAUCACCAUCCUCAUCACCAUCCUCAUCCCCAUCCUCAUCAUCAUCAUCAUCAUCAGCAGCAGCAGCCCCAGGCGCACGUCCUGACUCACCUCCAAGCCCAGCAUGGGGUUGCUCUUGGCCCGGCAGCGGCUGAGCAGGGUGGAUCGCUGGCCGGUGGCUUCCACCACUCGCAUCACGGUCCAUCGCACCAUCAUCACGCGGGCGAUCUGGAUGCCGGCUCCCCUCCGAUGCGUGGUGCUUUCCUGUCGGAGCAUGGCGAUUCGCACCUGAUGGACCCGCAUCUGGGGCAUAUGCCUCCCGGUCCGCCGGAGUCGCACCAUCUUCAUCACCACUUGCACCAGCACCCCCACCAUUCAGGGCACGCGCACCAUCGUGUGUCCGGCAGCCAGCCGGGCCUCGAUGUUGGUGGGCAUGAUGGGGCCGACUUUGCCCCGGUCUCGGGAUCGGGCCUCCUUCGUCGCCCGACCACCCAUUCGCCCCAUAGCCCGGAUACCACAACUCGUGGCAUUUAUGGGCUCAUGUCAGCGGAUCAGGCGUCCGCGCCGCGGCGCUUUGCCGGCGACGCCCCGCACCAUGUAGUACACCCUGGAGGUCCGGCCGACCACCAUGCGCAGCACUCUCACCACCAUCACCACCACCAUCAUCGUCACUCGCAGCCGCAGCCGCAGCCGCAGCCGCAGCCGCAGUCACAGCCGCAGCACCAGCAACGUCAGCAGCGGUCUCUGCCGCCCCAGCAAUCGCAGGGGCACUUCGCCUCACAGGGGCAGUCCCACUUCCAGUCCCACCCGCAGGGGGACAUGCUUGUGCCAGCUUCCGCGACUGGCGGCUUUCCCGCUACGUCGCACGAUGGAGGGGCUCCGCUACAUGGUGCUCCGGGUGGCUUCGAGCAGCGCCAUCCCCUGGACUCCGGUGUUUCCGGUGCGGCAUAUCCUUCCAUGCAUCAUGGAGGUGUGCCGCCGGGCACCUCCAGAUCCGAGAUUGCCCCUGUCGGUGGUCCGGGCUUCCCGACAUCCCUGUCGGCCGAUCGCCGGGGGCCUGGCUUCCUUUCCGGGCCCGACAGCACGCAUUACCUAACCCCGAAUGCCACACCCGGCCCGAGUGAGCCGGCUUUUGGUGCCUACCCCCCGGCUGGCGGCCAUGGCGCUGCCCCGAGCGGCCCCGGACCCGACGUCUUCACCGACAUGCAUCAUCAUUCGCCCUCGAGCAGUAGCCCGGGUGAUGCCAAUCGCCUCCGUCAGCCGGACUCCUUCCGUCCACCGCAUCUUUACCCGCAGCAGCACCACUUCUCGCCACAUCCCCCGACGGGACAGCCCCAAUCGCAGCCCCAGUCGCAGCCACGGUCGCAGCCGCAGCCGCAGCCACAGCAGCAGCAGCAGCAGCGGCAGCAACAGCAACAGCAGCAGCAGCAGCCGCCGCCGCCGCCGUCGUCGGCACAUCACCAUCCGCUUCAGCAGUCGGCUUAUGGUGGGCCUGCCGGCACCAUGGGCUCCUAUCUGCAGGCUGGCCGCUCGGAUGCCCUGAUGUCCGUGGCCCCUGCCCAUGACCACCCGGAGGAGCAUCACCCGGCUGAGCUGGGCCCGACCGCCACCACGGAUCCCUCCCACCCGGCAAACUGCUACUUCACAUACCCCGGACAGGGGACGUCGGCUUCCUGCCUGCCGGGAGCCCCCGGGGCCCAGGCAGCUGGGCACUAUUCCGACUUCCUGCCAGGGCCUCCGGGAUCCGCCGGUGCUCCCCCUGGCACUUUCCCUGCCUUUUCGCCAUCGAUGCCAGGCACCAUUCCCUCGCCCAACACACCGGCCCUUUCGUCAUCGGUGCUCGGCGAGGAAGCCCCGGCAGACGUGGUCAUGGUCGAGCCGGCGCGCGCGCCGAUCGGUUCCAUCAUCACCGGCCCGAUGACCGGCUCGCCUCUCUCCGAGGUGGCCUCUUCGUCCCCGCACUCCGGGCAGUCUUUCUACUCGGAUGCCGUGCCUUUCAUCGGGAGUGCGUCUGGCCUCCUGAUCACAAGCACCGUGGCUCCCGUCUCGCCUCCCAAUGGCAAGGAUCUUCCUUGGCCCGAGGUGUCGCGGGUCAUCCCCCGCGAGGGAUCCAUCCGUGGCGGUGUCGAGGUGACCGUCCUUGGGCGCAACUUCAUCGACGGCGUCACCAUCAACUUCGGCUGCUCCCAGGCCAUGGUGCUGCAGGUGUGGAGUGACACGACGCUCAUCUGCCUGCUGCCCCCGGCGGCUGAGCCGGGCGAUGUUCCCGUAGAUGUGACCCUCACUCAGGCGGCCCUUGAAGGGCUCCAGCGCACGGCCCUGUCGGCUCCUGGUGCCGAAACCUCGCCCUCUCCAUCGAUCCCGGCCUCGACGGCGCCUGGAGACCCUCCGGCCGACUCGCCCCCGGGUCCUGGCCCGAGCAAUGUCCCCGACGCCAAUGCCCGCGAGAUUGUCCUUUUCAGCUAUCGCGACGACAUGGACAAGGCCCUCAUGGAGCUGGCCCUACGGGUGAUCGGCGUGAAGGUCAAUGAGAAGCCCGAAAAUUCGAGCCAGGUAUCUGCCAUGAUGUCUACCUUGUCAAACUUCCUCAAGAGCGGCUUCCCAUUCCUCAACACCGGGGGUGGUGCUGGUCCCUCCGAUGCGAGCGAGCCCAUUGAGGAGAUCCCCGACGAGCAGGUGGCCGAGCAGGCCCACAAGCAUGUGGCCGAGUCCACCGACGCGUCUGCUGAUUCCGAUGCCGCGAGUGACGCCGGGAUUGGCGAUGGCUCGUCCGCCACUUCGACGCCUCCGCCACGCGCUGGACGCCCCCUCCGGCGGAGUAACUCCUUCUCCUCGAUCCACUCUGGCAGUUGUGCCAGUGGCACCACCGACUCCGGCCCGGGGGCAUUGGAGCGUUCGCGGUCCUUCGACACUUCGCUCCUGGAUCUGGACCUGGUGGACCUGCAUGGCGGCGUCCUGUCAGAUGACUCCUCUGCCCCGCAAACCCCCCGGACCGAAGGCCAGUCGAAUCCCUCCGAGGCUUCCCCCCCGUCGCGACUGCCUCCUGGCAUGGAAAUCGGCGGCGGCCAGGACGAGGAGACCAUCCUGCGGGCCCUUUCCGCGGCUUAUGGUUUCCGGACCUUCGGUCUGCCCUUCGAGCACCGGUCCACGUCCGGGCAUACGCUCCUCCACAUGGCCGCCAUCAGCAACUACUUCAGACUCUGUUGGUUCAUCCUGGAGCGGGCCUUCUCGUCGGAGGUCCUGCACGCGGUGGACUUCUAUGGCCGGACGCCUCUGCAUCUGGCGAUCAUCCAUGACCAUCCGGUUGUGGCGACCCUCUUGCUGUUUGCCGGGGCCGAUGCCUUUGCCACUGAUGCCUAUGGGCGAACUUGCCUGCAGUAUGCCGCUGUGGGGUCGCGUUGCCGGUCGAUCCUGGCCCGCAUGCUUGCUCGGUCGGAUUCCCCCCUGCACGCGGCGCGUCUCGGCACGAGCCCCAGGUCGGCCACCUUUGCGCGCUUGCGCUCCGAAAUCCACGCCCUGCCGGAGCUCUUUGGCUCGGUCCCGGCCCUGCCGGCCGAGGCACGAGUUGGUGGCCCUGUCACUGCCACAACGGUCGCCGCUCAUGGCCUGGCCGCCGACGCCAAUGUCCGGCGGCCGAUCGGGGCGGCCUCCGGCGCCGGGCCCACCUCUCCGGAGGCCUUCCUUCAGGAGAUGAAGUCCUUCAUCGACACGGUGGCCGAUCGGGUGUCGAGUGUCUUCCAGCCGAUUGGAGCCAGCUCGCUCAGCCUCUGGGACGAUUACAGUUCCCUGGUGUCGGUCCAUGCGGUGGACCUUUGGCAGUUGGCUCUCGGCAAGCUGUCCAGCAUCCCCUCCUCGGUGGUGACUUCUUGGUCGGAGAAUCUGGCCUACUAUUUGCGCCAGCAGCAGCAGCAGCAGCAGGCCCAGGCCACGGGCGGUGUGUCGGCAGAAUCCGACACAUCCCCCGCCAACCCCGCGGCCGGGACCCCGGCAAGUGCUGAGGGUGCUGCUGCUGGGGCUCCCGCCACAUCCACCCCGCCCGGUUCCACCAAGCGCCCAAUCUCCCCGGCGCGACUGAUGAACUUCCUCUAUGCACUGGCGCUGAGUCCGUCAAGCAAUCCGGCUGCUGCUUUGCAGGCCGCCCGCCAGGCAGCUGCCAUCGAUUCCGCUGCCACUCCUGUCGCCUCUGCCACUGCCACUACCACUGCCACUACUACUGCUACGGCUGCUGGUGCUGCUGGUGCUGCUGCUGCCGCGGCCGCUCCCGCGACCAAGUCUCUUCACACGCCACAGCAGCAGCAGCAGUUUGUCCGUCAAACGGUCACAAUCGAAAUGCGGCCCGGCCGCAAGCGCGAUCGGAUGCUUUUCAACUUCUGGGUCCCCAUGCUCAUUUCCUUCUUCGGUAUCAUGUUCCUCCUCAAGCUGGUCCCCUUCCUUUAUCAUAGCUACCACUCGGCCAUGGUUGGGAGGACCGCCGCGGUCUCCGUUGCCGACAAGCUGGCUGCCGUACCGGCCUCGACGGCGGCCGCCGUCGAGCAGGCCGCCACGAGCGUGGUCGAGAAGACCUCCGAGCAUGCUGGCAUUACGUCCUUCGUAUCCGACACUGUCUCGCGCUUGAUGGAUCUCUUCCAUAGCCAGGCGCCGAUCAUUGCCACCUAGCAUUUACGUUGGCGGCUUUCCUUUCCUUGUAUCCAAUCAACCGAUCCCUCUGUGGGAGGGACGAAUGCAAAUGCAAUUGCUUGUAGAUUACCUCUUCC